AUGAACAAAGGUCUUAAACAGGGCUGCUGUCUAUCGCCGACACUGUUUAAAAUCUAUUUGGAACAAGCUCUGAAAACGUGGAAAAGGAAGUGUGAACAGAUGGGGAUACCACCAAACGACUCGAUACUUUACACUCUUUGUUUCGCUGAUGAUCAAAUAAUACAAGACUACGAGGACCUGGAAUAUAUGACCCGCAAACUAAUUGAAGAGUAUAACAAGUGGGGACUGGAGGUAAACCUUAAGAAGACGGAAUAUAAGUGUAUCGGCGGCGAACAACAAAACAUAAUACUAGAACAGCAACAGCAAGAAAUAAAACACUGCCAAAAAUAUAAAUAUCUUGGCAUGCACAUUACCAACGAUGGUAGCCUUGAUGAAGAAAUUAAGUACAGAAACAACCAGGGAAGACAAGCAAUUAGACAACUGAAUAGUAUUUUAUGGGAUAAGGCCGUAUCAAAAGAAAACAAACACAACAUUUAUAACAGCAUAGUUAAAAGUAUCAUUAGUUAUGGUAGUGAAGUAUGGCCUUUGAAAGAAAGAAACCUUAAGUUACUCGAAGCUACAGAAAUGGACUUUUGGCGGCGCGCGGCCGAAAAAUCGAAACUGGAUAGAGUUAGAAAUGAAAGAAUUCAGAACAUCAUGGGCGUUAAACACAGAAUAUCAGAAGACAUCAAAAUUAACCAACUCAGGUGGUACGGACACGUACAAAGAAUUUAA